CAAUCACCUCCAGGAAGCUACAACGUGCCCGAGAGUUGUUGGGAGAACUUGCCACAUUGCUCGACCGGUGAACCCCUUCCUCAACUUGACCUCCCUGCUUACAUCCCCUCGAUGAGCCAUCAACCGGUCGCACGUUUCACCGUUAAGGAUCCAAAUCUCCUUGCACCCCCGGAAUUCAUGACUCCUUAUUCCUCUAGCUUUCCAAGACGUUCAUCCGACGGUGCAGCCGAUAUGCCAACACUUCACAGACCGUAUCCACUAUUUGGCGGAAGUUACCCUGAACAGUCAAAUUAUAGAACAGAGGGAACAUAUCCAGCGCAAUUGCCAAUCCUACCUCCUGAAGCUCACGUUGCAUAUGGGCCAACUGAACCCACCACUCUGGAAAAUAUUGUACCUGAGCCCCGGAGAAGAACGUCCAUUCAGAGUACACGUACUCCAAUGGAACAUCAGGACACACUUCCUGUGAUUUCUGCUCAGAAGAGAUUCUCUUUGCCUAUGAGACAAGCUCCAUCCAUGAUAGACUAUCCAACUUCGGAAAAAGGCGAGUACAUUUGGGCAAGGAUUGAAGUUGGAAGGAACUAUGUCUGCUGUUGUGAAAAAUUAGUGAAUGCCUUUCUGGUCGAGACUCAGGGCAAAGUUAGCAUGGAAGCCAUCCAAGCAUUCAAAAUAUCACUUCUUCAACAAGGCACAGUUGGUAUACUAGGUAAACCUGAAUGUGUGGAAAGUAGGAGCCAUGGCGGUUAUAAAUGCGCUCCCAUACGACGCGGAUCAGAAGCCACUCAGAUGCGAAUCUGGAAUCAGCGGAUCGCUCAGCUCUAUGGAACUUCGUGUGUGCCAUCUCGACGCGGACCAUUUUCACGCUGGUUGAGCUAUGAGACGAAAGACCAACUUGAGGCUCUCUCACAAGUGAAACGUCAGGAGUUGAGGGCUUGCGCUAGUGCGAAUGUUCCGAAGGCUGUGCAGCUGGAACGCACAGCGGGAGAAGCACAACGUGCGGGCAGCGUACCAUUUGCACAUCUUCAUCAAAAAUCGCCUAAGAGACUGACGAUUUGUCGUGUCGAUAGUCAGCAUUCUCUUGCCAUGGCGGAAUCAUCUGAAAGUUGCGAUUUGGGAGGUUCAUUAUUGAAAAGACGUGCUAGAAAUGGGGAUACUCCCAGAAUAUUCGGUACACAUUCCUCCUGGAAUGAGAAAUUAACCGCUGGUCAACGAAGACGCCAAGCCCUUCCACGGAGUAAAUCCCAAGUUUCGUGGACAGACGACAAAUGUGGUGAUCCAAUGAGUUUAAAAAAUGCAUUAAUGGACCCCACUGCGUAA